AUGGCAGUGCUGAUCAAAGAGGAAGUUCAAAAGCAGAUUGAUGCAGGUUUUCUCGUUACAUCAGAAUACCCUCAAUGGUUAGCCAACAUAGUACCUGUUCCCAAGAAGGGUGGCAAGGUUCGAAUGUGUGUCGAUUAUCGAGAUUUGAACAAAGCCAGCCCUAAAGAUGAUUUCCCUUUACCCCACAUUGAUAUACUGAUCAAAAUGGCACCUGAGGACAUGGAAAAGACCGCAUUUAUUACACCUUGGGGUACGUUCUGCUAUAGAGUGAUGCCUUUCGGUUUGAAGAACGCUGGUGCUACUUACCAAAGAGCCAUGACAACCCUCUUCCACGAUAUGAUGCAUAAAGAGAUUGAAGUUUAUGUUGAUGAUAUGAUUGCCAAGUCUAACACCGAAGAAGAUCAUGUGGUAUACUUAUUGAAGUUGUUUGAGCGUUUGAGAAAAUACAAGCUCCGCUUGAACCCAAACAAAUGCACUUUUGGUGUUAGAUCUGGAAAGCUGUUGGGUUUCAUUGUCAGCCAGAAGGGCAUUGAAGUCGAUCCGGACAAAGUUAGAGCUAUCCGUGACAUGCCCGCACCGAGGACUGAGAAACAAGUCAGAGGUUUCCUUGGGCGUUUGAACUACAUCUCCAGGUUUAUAUCUCACAUGACUGCCACAUGUGGGCCAAUCUUCAAGUUGCUUCGGAAAGAUCAGAGCAUUGUAUGGAAUGAUGAUUGCCAGAAAGCUUUUGACAGUAUCAAAGAGUAUUUACUUGAACCUCCUAUCUUGAUCCCACCAGUGGAGGGUAGACCCCUAAUCAUGUACCUAACUGUUUUGGAAGAGUCUAUGGGUUGUGUCCUUGGACAACAAGAUGAUACUGGAAGGAAAGAACAUGCCAUCUAUUAUUUAAGCAAGAAGUUUACUGAUUGUGAAUCCCGCUAUACGUUACUUGAGAAGACCUGUUGCGCUUUGGCUUGGGCAGCAAAACGUCUCCGAAGGAUUGCUCGCUGGCAGAUGUUACUGUCUGAAUAUGACAUAGAGUACCGUGCGCAGAAAGCUAUCAAGGGAAGCAUUUUAGCGGAUCACUUGGCUCACCAGCCUAUUGAAGAUUAUCAAACAGUUAAAUUUGAUUUCCCUGAUGAAGAUGUCAUGUAUCUGAGGAUGAAAGAUUGUGAAGAGCCAGGCCCUGAGGAGGGACCUGAGCCUGUAUCCCGGUGGGGUUUGGUAUUUGAUGGAGCUUCUAAUUCUUUUGGCCAUGGAGUUGGGGCAGUCAUCAUUACUCCCCAUGGUUCUCACGUUCCAUUUACCGCUAGAAUUUGUUUUGAGUGCACGAACAAUAUAGCAGAGUAUGAGGCUUGUAUCAUGGGUCUUGAGGAAGCUAUUGACUUGAGAAUUAAAAUUCUCGACGUGUAUGGAGAUUCGUCAUUGGUAAUCAAUCAGAUCAAAGGUGAAUGGGAAACUCGUCAUCCGGGGUUGAUCCCAUACAGAGACUAUGCUAGACGUUUGCUACCGUUCUUCGACAAAGUUACUUUCCAUCAUAUACCUAGAGACGAAAACCAGAUGGCAGAUGCUCUGGCCACCUUGUCUUCCAUGUACAAAGUGAACGCCCAUAAUGAAGUGCCUCGCAUCACAAUUAGACGCCUCGAUAGACCUGCCCAUGUCUUCACAACGGAAACUGAGAUAGAUAACAAACCAUGGUAUCAUGAUAUAAAGUGUUUCCUCAAAGAUCAUGAAUACCCACCUGAAGCAUCAAGUAAAGACAAGAAGACUUUAAGGAGAUUAGCAUUCAACUUUUUCCUCAAUGGCGAUGUUUUGUACAAAAGGAAUUAUGACAUGAUCUUGCUCAGAUGCGUGGAUAAACACGAGGCAAACAUGUUAAUGAAAGAGGUUCACGAAGGUUCUUUUGGUACUCAUGCCAAUGGUCAUUCCAUGGCUAAGAAGAUGCUUCGGGCAGGCUAUUACUGGUUGACCAUGGAGUCAGAUUGUUUCCAACCUAAGAUGAAUGGUGCUGUUGAAGCUGCUAAUAAAAAUAUUAAAAGGAUCUUGCAAAAGAUGGUGGUUACAUAUAAAGAUUGGCAUGAGAUGCUUCCUUUUGCUUUGCAUGGAUACCGUACGUCGGUCCGAACUUCGACAGGGGCAACUCCUUUCUCUUUGGUCUAUGGGAUGGAAGCAGUACUCCCAGUAGAAGUAGAGAUCCCGUCAAUGAGAGUAUUGAUGGAAGCCAGGUUGACUGAGGCUGAAUGGUGUCAAAACAGGUUUGAUCAACUGAAUCUAAUCGAAGAAAAGAGAUUGACAGCUCUGUGUCAUGGUCAACUAUAUCAGAGGAGAUUAAAGAAGGCAUUCGACAAGAAGGUCAAACCUCGAGAGUUUAGAGAAGGUGACCUUGUACUCAAGAAGGUAUUGUCCUUCCAACCUGAUCCUAGGGGCAAGUGGGCACCAAAUUAUGAAGGUCCAUACGUUGUUAAGAAGGCUUUCUCCGGAGGAGCCAUGAUUCUUGCUACUAUGGACGGAUUUCACGCUGGUUUUGAGACUUUCUCACCAAAUAAGACAGAUUCAUCUGGUUCUUCUCUUGAGCAAUGGUCCUCGUGA